UGUAUUCAGCGCGCGUUCCAACGAGACGUCGUUGCGUCACUCUGUUCAAUAAUUCAAAAAACUAUUGCAAAUUCGAUUAUCUCCUGUUGCGUCUUAUCAGAAUCGAAUUGUGCAGAUUUCAGAACAUUCUUUUAACUAUUUUAUUUUCAAUUAACUGGCAAAGUUAUUGAGACCUUUGCGUGACUUUCCAAGAUUACGAUAAUGACGCGAAUCCACAAUGACGGCGCAUGCUUGAUAUCGACUUCCAGCAGCAACAGCCUUGCGAAACGCAGUCACAACCGCAGCAGCAACAGCAACAGGGAAUGAGUGUGAAUGGGAUAUGGGGGAUAGAAACAAUUCUAAUGAUCCACUCUCGCGGCGGAAAAUUCCGGCACUGGAGUCCGAGAGGAAAGGGGGCCGCAGGGUUGAAAGGGUUUAACAGACGAGCGACCCUCUCAGCCGGAUAGAACGUGAAUAUAAUUAGUCGGACGCGUUUUGAUUAAUAUAAUUAGCUCGCGUCACGAACGAUUUAUUUCGCAUCGACGGUCAAUUUAAUUUAUAAUCGACACUGUCCAUUUUUAUUCCGUUGCUUUUCCUUUUUUCGUGACCAUUUCGAGUCUCGAAUCGAAAACUUUUUAAUUGGCAUGCACGGGACGCGCCGAUUCGCGAUUUAAUUAUGAAAAUUACCGUCCGCCGCAGAUUUACGGUGGUCAUAAUUAAUUUCGCCGGAACGGUAACGCGAGGCUCGCGUGUCUCGAUUAAUUUACGAUUUAAACCGGAUCCUUGCCCUUAAUUUCUCGUCUGCGCGCGGAAUGCUACACGAUCUAAAAUAAACGCGCCGCCAUAUUAUAGGAAUUGAUGUAAAAUAGAGGUAUUAAUAGAAAAUCCGCGACACGCCGAUCGAUACGGUUGUGGGGGGUAAGAAAAUAAUUUUCAACUUACCACCGACUUUCAAGAUGGGAAUUGGAUUAAUGAUUCAUUUGUAAGAGAAGUUUCGACUGAGGCAUCGUGCGAUGCGCUCAGUGCUGGAGUUAAUUUGACAUCACAUGAUAUCAACCGGAAAAUCUAAAAACAAAUUUUGUUCACAAACACGGUUGAAAAUAAUUUUUCCUUAAGAUGUCUGCCUCGAAAGUGUUAAACAGCGUCUGGAUUAUCGGAAACAAGAAUACCGUGCGUCGUGGCAAACAUCGUUUCCCGUAGGUGCGGACGGGAAUUGGCAAGAAGAGAAUGGCGAGAGGAGGGGUGCGGAACGUCGAGGAGGGUGAAUUUGCGGAGCAAACAGACCACGGUGUCAAUGCACGUAUCUUUCUGAUCGACGGACCGCUCCGCCCAGGGUAAAACGACUCUGUCCACCCUUGAAGUAAUGUGAGUGGUCUAAUUCAUUAAUACAGGGUGCCAUCGAAAUUGUGAUGGGGCUGAGAAAGGGGUGAAUGUGAAAUAUUAAUGAAAAGUUUGCACGAUGUCAGUAUAAAAAUAUGCGCAUAGUUUGAAGGGUUUUAAAUAUAUAGCAACGUUUGUUAGUAAAUGUUUAGUUUAAUAUAGGGUGUUAUUAAAAUUGUGAUGGGGGUGAGAAAGGGGUGAAUGUGCAAUAUUAAUGAAAAGUUUGCAGGAUGUCAGUAUAAAAUAAACAGUUUAGAGAAUUAUAAAUAUCUAAUAAUAUUUAUCAAUAUAAUAUAUAGUAAUAUAUAUUUAGUUCGAAAUGAAAUAAAAAUUUUAAUAAUUCCAUUAAUAAUUAACUUAUAACAUUUUUUUAUACACUUAACGAAGAAUAAAUGAUUCAAUAACACUACUAAUAAUAGCUGACUGUUUUAAAUAGUGUAACAAAAUAAACUCAACAAAAAGUGUUAACCCUUUAGUCCUCAGUGACACACUGUUUAUUACAAACACAUUCAUUCCUCUUCCAACUAUAUAACUUAACUAACAACAUUCCAAAAAUAAAUAUCUCCAAAAAGCUUCCCAAACCUAGGGGGUUCACUAUCCAACCAAAAAACACCAAACCUCCGCAUAUUUCACAAAAACCUUUAUACAUAUUCCAACUAUACAACUUAUCUAACAUAUUCCAAAAACAAAUACAUCCCUCGAAAGACUUUCUACCCCAAAGAUUACCCCGUCCGAGCAGCAGACACCCCCAAAAUUCCGCUUCAACCGGGAUGAGCGAAACAGUAGCUCAAACACAGUCUCCGCGAACAAAGCCGAUCGCGUUAAUAGACGCCGCAAGUUCAUCAGGAAAUCGAACGGUGCACAAUGCACCACCUGUCAGCCCCCCCAGGUCCGCCAGAUUGUAAACAAAAUCGAGGGGUUGCCCGAGGGUGAGGAGAAGAAGCGGAAGCUGGAGGGGGAAGGUGGCGCGAGACUGCGAGAGGUGUCCGUGGUGCUCGUCAGUAGCACCGCGGUCACAGAUCCUUUCGGAGCUGAGAACCAAUCCCAUCAGCUGCGAGAGACCCUGCACCUACCACACGUCCAUCAACAUCUCGAGCAACAUCCGCUCGUCCAGCCGACAACGAUCAAACAGACUGAAAGUCGAUCUAUCAAUUUGGAGGAUCAUCUUAGAGGAUCGUCCUGGUAGCUAACGCACGAAGUGUCCUUCAUCGAUGAUCAGCAAAGUGGAUGAUUAGACGACCCUGACUCCUCGCGAAUCAGAGGAUCACCGUUUCGCCUUGGUUUCGUUGUAAUGGUACAUUGAUCGCCGCGGAGUGCAUCACACACACCGCCUUGAUCGGGAGCAGCCGCGAUGUCAACGUUACACCGGUCGUUGACACAGUUCCCGGGUUGAGAAUCGGACGUUUCUCCGUCGCUCCAGUUCGCCCAGAACCGACUGAGGACCACCGAGCCGCUCGGCCCACAGGACCUAGCAUGAAGUCCGAGGGCAACAACGGGUACAUCAGGGCCACUGUCAUCAACGAGCAGAACGAUGGCCCGACUGGCUCCGCUCAGGAGACACCUGCCGCUAAUCCUGUUCAGGUGACUUACGUGCCACAUGGCAACACCACGAUCACGGCUCUCCAUCAUCCUGGAAACGAUCGGAGGCCGAUCAGCGGCAUGGCGAGGGCCGCGUCGAUCACGCGCAGAUGGAGAGAGCCGGUCAACAGGCAGCAAUUGCUCGGUGUGCUAGCCGUCACACUCCUCGCCAAUUGCCUUUUCAUUCUUCUGCUGCUGGCGCUGAACACGAGCGGCGAGUGCGUGCAGGAGCCCCGUCCGAACGUCUGCAUGACGGAGGAGUGCGUCAGAACAGCGGCAAGUUUAUUAUCAGCGAUGGACCGUACCGCAGCGCCUUGCGUGAAUUUCUUUCAAUACGCCUGCGGCGCUUGGAACCAGCUGCACGUGAUACCGGAAGACAGAAGUUCCAUCAGCACGUUCGAGGUCCUCGCUGAUCAGCUUCAAGUGAGUCUGAAACGAGUCCUCGAGGAGCCGCCGAAUAACGAGGACAACAAUGCCACCCUGAAGGCGAAGAUGUUCUACAAAUCGUGCAUGGACAUCCCUCGAAUCAGAGAGAUCGGCGACGCUCCUUUGAAGAGGACCCUAAAUCACCUCGGUGGGUGGCCAGCAGUGGUUGGUCCAUCCUGGAAACCGCCGGCGUUCUCGAUCGAGAAGCUCUUGGGUCGCUUGCGCGGCGAGUACAACGUGGGCGUGCUGCUGGAGCAAUGGGUCGGCCCGGACGACAAGAACUCCUCAGCCAACAUCCUCCAGCUGGACCAGAUGCAGCUCGCUUUGCCCAGCAGGGACUACUACCUGAAGAAGAGCAGCGAGGCAGCGUUGAAAGCUUACCACCGGUACAUGACCAGCGUCGCUGUGUUGCUGGGCGCGGACCCUCAGACUGCUGCGGAGGAGUUCGAGAAAGUGAUCGCCUUGGAGAAGCAAUUGGCCAAUGCCUCCCUGCCGGAAGCGGAUAGACACGACACCUCCGCGAUUUACCGGAAGCUGACCCUCCGCGAGCUGCAGUACGAGAUACCGCAGCUGCAGUGGCAGGUGUACCUGCAGGAGUUCAUCAACGCGAACGUAACCGAGCAGGAGCCGAUCGUAGCAUAUGGGAUGCAGUACUUCGUACAGAUGGGUCGCAUCAUAACGAAGACAGACCGCAGAACCCUGCACAACUACAUCCUCUGGAGACUGGUGAUGUCCAUAAUGCCGCACAUGAUAGACGAGUACCAGCAGAAGAGGGUAGAAUUCAGGAAGAUCCUCCUGGGGAUACUCAGCGAGAGGAACAGGUGGGCCGAGUGCGUCGAGUGGACCAACAAGAAGCUGGGCAUGGCGGUUGGAGCACUGUUCAUACGUGACAACUUCAAUCACGAGAGCAAGGAGACCGCGCUGGAGAUGAUCCGCACGAUACGGGAGGCGUUCAACGAACUACUAGCAGAGAAUCACUGGAUGGACGACGAGACCAGAGCUGUAGCUAAGAGCAAGGCUGACUCGAUGAUCGAGAGGAUAGGGUAUCCGGAGUUCCUCAAAGACCCCGUGGAGCUAUCCAACGAGUACGUAACGCUAAACAUAUCUGAGAACCAGUUCCUAGAGAACGUUCUGGCUGUGCUGAAGUACGACGCUUACCAUAACCUCCAGAAACUCCGGAAACCCGUGGACAAGGAGAAGUGGUCCACUGAGCCAGCUGUGGUGAACGCCUUUUACAACCCUAACAAGAACGAUAUUGUGUUCCCGGCGGGAAUACUACAGCCACUCUUUUAUUCUCAGCACUUCCCGAAGUCAUUGAACUACGGUGGCAUCGGCGUGGUAAUUGGCCACGAGAUCACGCACGGUUUCGAUGACAAGGGGCGACAGUUCGAUAAAGAUGGUAACAUGAUGCACUGGUGGAAUAACGCCACUGUGGGCGCUUUUCGGAAAAGGGCUGAGUGCAUUGUCAAUCAGUACUCCAGUUACAAGCUCCAAGAUGUCGACUUGUACAUCAACGGGAGGAUGACACAGGGAGAGAACAUCGCAGACAAUGGAGGACUCAAGCAGUCGUUCAGGGCAUACAAGAAAUGGGUGUCCAUUCAUGGGGAGGAACCUCUGCUUCCUGGCAUCAAUCUCACCCACGACCAGCUGUUCUUCCUAAAUUAUGCUCAGAUCUGGUGUGGGUCCAUGAGGCCAGAGGACGCUCUAACAAAAAUCAGAAGCAGCGUUCACUCUCCCGGGCCCAUUAGAGUUUUGGGUCCUCUUUCGAACAGCGAAGACUUCGCUAGGGCCUAUGACUGUCCGCCUGGCUCUCCGAUGAACCCAACGCAUAAAUGCAGUGUUUGGUAAUGGUGGAGUCGUCCCGAGACAGGGCGAAGCAGAAUGGCACAACAAUUUUCUUACUACGAGUCGAAGAUGAAGAAUUCCGAAGAGGACGUCGCAAGACCAGCUUGUUCAGUUCGUUUCAAUUGUCAACCACGAUGGGACCACAGAAGACUAGCAUUUAAUCGCCGUGGUACACCGUGGCGUGAAUCUCGUUGCACAGAAGAAGUUCUGCGGAAAGAACUCGAUUGUCCUCGAAGGAAUGAUAUCGGGGCAUCGGUGCGAGUGUGCAUUGAGCGUGUCCGGAUGUGCGUUUCAACGUAACAGUGUCAGCCUAAAAUCCCACGGACAAAGAGUAUAUACUAUAGCUAUUAUGCGAAUCGUUUUGCGGCGAAGAAACGGAGGCAAACGGGAAACAACGUGCGGCAUUCGCGCGUAUUCCGUCUGUGCUUGUCCGCCGCCUACUACCCAUCGGUUACAUCGUUCUCCAGAUGUUACAAUUAUUGUUAAUUGAAACUCGGACACGACCGACGAUAUUUCAGCGAAACUUCAAAUUGUGUACAAACCGACGCUAAUGGAUUUCGAAACGUAUUCGAAGAUAUUUGCUUGAAUCUAA